AAUCUACACCAAUCAUAUGCGCUGGCACGUCAUACGUCACGAGCUGUAGCCAAUGAGUGUCAAACUGUCUGAAAUGCCGUUUGUUUCUGUAGAAUUUGAAUUUUCAACGAGACUCCACUACAAUCGUCGGAAAGAAGUAUCGCGCCAACGUGAUCAACCAUGAGCUGGGCGGUGGAGGAGUGGAAGGAUGGACUUCCAGGAAAGGCCCUGCAGAAGAUCCAGGAAAUGGAAGUCCAGCUGGACAAAUUGAAAAAGGAGAGAACUCAAAAACAGUUCCAGGUUGACUCUCUCGAGGCAGCCCUGCAGAAGCAGAAACAAAAGGUGGACAGUGAACGCAAUGAGGCAUCUGUUUUGAAAAGAGAGAACCAGUCUCUAGUAGAGUCAUGUGACUCCGUAGAAAAAGCUCGCCAAAAGGUUUUACAUGAUCUGGGAGUCAAAGAGCAGCAGGUGAGAUAUUUGGAGGGCCAGCUCAACACUUGCAGAAACACCAUAGAACGACUGGAGCAAGAGCUUAAGAAGUACAAAAAUGAACUGGAUCGUUCUCAACCUGCCGGCUCUUGCUCCAUGUCAUCCUCCUCGGAUCUGCAGGCAUUUGUUACUCCACAGAGGAGUUUCUCCACUCCAGUUUCAUCUUACAGACCACAAGAUAACAAACUAGAGGACCUUCAAGAGAAAUAUAACCAUGAGGUAGAGGAAAGAAAGAAGCUGGAGAAUGAAUUAAAUGUCCUUCAAGUCAAACUGUUGAAUCAGUCGUCGGCCAGCGUGACCCACAAAGACAUUGCUGCUCGCCAAGCCGGAUCCUCUAUUUUCCCAUGGCAGCAACAAGAUCGAGCACACGUCCGCCAGUCUCAGGAAAUUGCUGAAACGCCUCUGAAGAGGCGUGGCACGUCCCUUUGGGACGCGCACGAAGAGACGCCCAUCAAAUCGAGCCAGCGGAUGAGCUGUCCCAGAACAGCAGCAGCGAGUCCGGGUGGAUCCCACCAGAUGGAACAACUGAAAAUCCUCAACCAAGAGCUGCGUGGCCGUGUGUCAGAGCUGGAGAGGAGCAUGUCCAGUCACGAGAGAGAGAUUAGCAGCCAGGCCUCCAAACUGCAGGACCUGCAAGUCCAACUGACCCAGGCCCGCAAAGACCUGACUGAGCGGGACCGAGACUUGGCCAAGACGAGCCACGAGCUGCGUCAGAGCACAGACAGACAUCAGCAGCUCGAGGUCAAGUGUUCUACAGUUGAGCAGAAGCUGAAGCAAGUUACUGAAGAAAUGAGCUGUCAGAGACACAAUGCUGAGAGCUGCAGACGAGUCCUGGAACAGAAGGUCAAGGACCAGGAGAGAGAUAGCCAGAAGGAGCUAGCCCAACUGCAAAGAUCUCAUCAGACUUUGGAGCAACAAUUGGAGCAGACCAGAACCAAGUUAACACAAGAGAUCCAACAGUCCAAAAAAGACAACAACAUACUGCAGACUGAUUUGGAGAAAAUGUGUUCUCAGAGGAGUCAGCUGGAGAGGGAGGUGGAGGAACAGAAACAGAAGCUGCUGCGCUCACAGCAGAGCCUCCAGGCCAGCCAGAGCAAAGAGGAGGACCUCCGCAAGAAACUAGAGGAGCAUCAGCGAGAGAAGAACAGCACUUCUGUCCAGUUGGACCAGAGCAAUAGGCAGCUGUCACAACUUGAGGAGGAAAAGAAGACCUUGGAGCAGACUCUCAAACGCACCCAAGGACUCCUGGAUGAUCUCAAAGCAAAAUGCGAAAGUCAAAAAGAAGAGCUGAAGAGACUGCAAUGCAAACUGGAGCAGCAGUCCCAAGCUUCGACGCUGGAGCUGGAAAACCUAAGGAAGACGCUCUCCGACGCUGAGACUAAAAAUGAAUGGGCCCAGAAGGAAAUGCAGAAACAGAAGCAAGCAGAGGAGCAGUUGGCCAACAAGUUGACAGAGGCUGUAAAAGAAGGUCAAGAACUGAAGAAAAGUCUCGGUGCGAGUCAUGACGAGUGCAAGCAGCUGACACAAAAGCAUCAAGCUCUGCUGGAUUGGAAGAACGAGAAGGAUGCACUCGUCAACCAUGCAGAAGCCACGCAGAAGGAACUCGCUGAUAAAAUCGAUCUGUUGGACCAAAGUCUGAGCUCACAGAAAGAGGCGAACGAAGAAUUGAAGAAGCAGCUGAGGAGUGCAGAGGAGGAGCAGGCCAAGCUGUCAGCACACAUUGACGGCCUGAAGGGAGAACUCCUCAUCAAGAGUACAGAGCUGGAAGAGCGGGAGCAUCAGUACAAGCAGCUCCAGACCAAAUCCUCUGAGGCUGAAGAGAAACACACCAAAGAUCUGGAAAAUCUUGGUGCACAGGUGACCCAACUUGAAAAACAGGUCAAAGAAUUGCAAACGCAGCUGAAGAAGGAAAUUGCCCGAGCGGAGCACGCCGAGAAGAACAUCGCUCAGCUGCACGACGAGCAGCGAGUAGCAUCCGACCUGACGCGCUCCAAAGAGCAGCUCAUUGAACUCGGCCAAGACGCAAUACGACAGCUGAGGGAGAGCCUUGCUCAGGCUACUGCGGAGCAGGAAGAGAGAAAUUUAAGGUUGUCAGAGGAGAAAGCUGCUCUGAUGCGACAAUGUGAGGAAAGCAUCGCAGUGAAGACGGAGGAGACGACACAAAUCAAGCUCCAGUUGGAGGAAACUCAGCAAGAGCUCCUACUCACCAAAAAUCAGAUCAACUCAAUGGAUCAGUUGCUGAAGACCCAAGAGCAAUUUGGAGCAGAGCUGCAGAAAAAAAGCAAGAAGAUGUCCGAGCGCGAGGAAGAACACAAAAGGAUGGAUGUGGAAAAUACGCAAAAGCUGCAACAGCUGGAGGCGGAGCUCCGGGGGGUGUACGAUCAAGCGGCGGAGAAGGAAAGGCUCCUCGGAGAAGACCGGGCUCGACUCUUGUCUCUGCAGAAACAAAAUGAAGACUUGGACAAUGAUCUCCAAGGGAGGUUGAAAGAAAUACAGCUCCUGAAAGAUAGACACAGUGAGAAAGUAAACGAGCUUCAGGAGCAAAUAUCAUCUUUAGAGGAGACAUUUUCCUCAAGCAAAGAUGCAGUUGAGAAACUCCCAUUGCUGAAAAGUGAACUUGAGUUGGUCAACCGCUCUCACGCCGAGCUCAAAAAUCACCUGGAAAAAGACGUUUCAGAGCUCACGCAAAAGUUGAGCCAGCUGUCUGAGAGUAAAGCAUUGGAAGCUCAAAGCUUCCUCGGCAAGGAAAAGAGUCUCGGAGAAAAGUGUGAAGCCGCGGAGAAAGCCCUGAAUGCCACCAAAGCUGAGUUGUGUAACAUCCAAACUGAAGUGAAGGCUAUGAAGGCAACUCUGUCUGCAGCCUCGCAAGGCUUGGAAGAAAGAGACGCCAGCAUCAAGGGUCUGAAGGAGAAGCUGAACAGUGCAGAAGUUGAACAUGCCAAGACUACCGAGCUCCUGAAAGAGAAGACGAUUGUCAUGAACAAAAUUAAGGUCCAGUUGGAGAUGCUUCAGAUGGAUCUGGAAGACAAUGAGACAACUGUCAACUCUUAUGAAAGUCAAAUUGAGACACUAAAGGAGACCAUUCAGUCACUGGAGACGGAGCGAGCUCAUAACCAAAGUCACAUUUCUGACAUGGUGGUCCAACUAGAGGAUAGCCUAGCCCAGGUCUCAGUUUUGGAAACACGGUUGGAGGAGGUCCAGUCUCAAAACUCCAUGUUGGAGUCCAAGUAUGUGACCGCCAGAGAGGAACUGACAGAGAGGAGUUGUGAAAUAACACGCCUGGAGGAAGACGCUGUCAAAUACACUCAGUUGGAAGAUGAAGUCGCGGCUUUGACGGCUCAAGUUGCUACUCUCAACCAGAUCAUUAAAGACAAGGAAGAUGACUCAGAGUCACAUCAGGAGAAAACCAACCUCGAGGCAACCCUGAAGCAGUUAGUAAAUGCCAAAGAUCAAUUACAGACUGAUUUAAAUGAGGUGAAUGUUCAGAAGCAGCAGUUGGAAACAAAUCUGGACGCGUUACAUGAGGAGAACAAACACCUGCAGACCAGCGUGAUGGUUUUAACUGAAGACAAGCAGCAAGCGGAAACACUGACACAACAAUUGACCGCGCAGAAAGAAAACACCGAAACAACACUGAGGCAACUCACCGAAGAGAAAUCCCAGCUCCUCUCCACUCUUGAUCUUCUCUGUGAGCAAAAAACUCAGCUCGAGGCCCAACUCGGCGAGCUGGCAAACAAGCUGACUCAAGCAGCGGAGGAGAAACUUCAGUUGCAAUCCAGUGAAGCCCAGCUGAUGGAGGAGAAGCAGCGAGCCCAAGCAACCAUCGAGCUGCGUGAUAACGAGGUGACUUCUAUGCAAGAAGAAAAGGAACGGAUCCAAAAACUUCUCCAGGAGUCUGAACAGGAGUGUUGCAGGAUGAAGGACCAUCUUGAAAUGACAGAAAAGAGGAUGGAGGAGGAGAACGCAUCCAGGAACCGGCAGUUUGAAACGGACCAGGCUGAACUGCAUCAGACGUUGUCAUGCUUACAACAAGAGCUGAGCGUGUUCAAGCACCAGUAUGACGUGUUGCUGGAGCAGGUGGCCCAGCAAAACCACCUUAUCCAGACACUCUCACAAACGCAGGGCCAACAGAGACCUGAAGAAAAGUUGAGCUCCAUCGAGUCUGAAGAGGCAGACAUCAACGCAAGCCAUGUUCAUGCUGAAUCCACUAAGGAACCAGCAGUAGACUCCUUGGCAAUAAAUGAGCCCGACUUGGAGGAACUCUCAUUCCAACCUGAUGAGGUCCCCAGUGAAGCAGAACCCGCCCUCAAACCGGACGUGAUCGAACCAGAGACGAUCGAGGAACUUCCGGAAGAAGACAGAGAUGAUUGCAUGGAAGAUGGACAGGAAAUGCAGAGAAGUGAAAAGAAACUAUUUGAUCAGGAUCACGAGGAGAGCACUCCCUGCGGUGUCCUCGAACAAGAAGCUGUUCCAUUACACUCCAUCGAGACGAAGCCCGUGCAGUUAGAAGAGGAUCGCGAAAAACUCUCAAAGCUGGACGAGGACGUCUAUGCCCUGCUUUCCAAAAUUGACCUGCUCAACUCUGACCUUGCACUGAGAAAGGAGUUGACCUCAGACCUCCAAAAGCAUGUCCAAACCUUGGAGCAGAAAGUUGAUGCGGCAGAAGAAGCGACGCGUUGUGUGGCAAAUAAGUUGAACAAAGUUUUGAAGGAGAAGGAUAGCCUCUCUGAUCAGUUGUCCCAGCUGUCAGAAGAUAGAGAAAACUUAACCCUGCAGCUCCAAACUGCUAAGUGCCAGCUAACUGACGUUAUGGAGAUGAUGGAGGGACUCGAAAUGGCCAAAGGCGGGUGGGACGAGAAGUUCCUCCAGCAGGAAAGCGAGCUGAAGAGGGUUCGCUCGGAGAAAGCCAAUCUGGAGCAGCACAUCCUGGGCAUGGAGUGUGAGCUGGAGGCCCUGCAGGAGGAGCGCAGCAAGCUGGGAGAUGAGCUGGAAACUCAAAGGAGGACCUGCUCAGGCUUGGAGCAGCAAAUCGAAACAUUCUCCUCUGAGACAAUCCAUCUGAGAUCUGAGCUGGUUUCCUGCUCUGAAGAACGAGACGAGCUGAGUCAGGCUGCGAGCCAGUUGCGAGAGAAAAUUCACGGGCUGGAGAAGACCAACUGUGACACCAGGUCCUUAAUUUCCAUCCUGGAGGAGGACAUCAGAGCAGGAAAGAGGGCGAAUGAAGCCCUGCAAAGCAGCGUAGACAAAAUGAAGACAGAGAAGCAGCAGCUGUCGGAGCAGAUAAAUGUUUUGGAGGAAGCCAUGUCUCGGCAGACGGGGGAGAAGGAACAGUUGAUUGGGCAGCUUGACAAGAUUAAGGAAGAUCGCACGGGUGCCAGUCUCAACACGGAGACCAUGUUCAGCAAAAUCCAGGCUCUGGAAGGAGAAGUGCAACAGCUGACGCAGUCUUUGGAGUCUUCUCUCCUGGAAAAGGGAGAAAUCGCCUCUCGACUGAAUUCCACACAGGACGAAGUCCAGCAGAUGCGGAGCGGCAUAGAAAAGCUCCGCGUCCGCAUCGAAUCUGACGAGAGGAAGAAGAAGCACGUGAGCGAACUUCUCAAAGCCGCUCAGAGGAAGUCUGACUCACUGCAAGACCGCAUUGAUGCUCUGGAGCGAGAGAAGGAGGAUGCAGAGCAAGACCUUGAGGAAGCGGUCCUUCAGGCUGAGACCAUGAAAGCCGAGCUGGAGGAGCAAAGGAUAAAGGUGGACGAAGAGAAGGAAGAUCUCAAAGAGGAGCUCUCGAAGCUUUCUGCCACUCUGGACAACCUGAGGUCUGAGAAGGAGCAACUGGAGCGAGUUCUGCAGAUGAAAAACGCAGAGCUUGAGGAGCUGAAGGCUGCUAAGGAGGAAUUAGAGCAAGGGCUGGAGAGGGCACAGAUGGAUCGGAGAGAAGAGGAGGAAAGGCAGAGGUGCCGGGUGGAGGAGUUGGAGCGGGGGUCGAGGGAGGAAGCUGAGAAGCUGACGAGGCGGGCCGACGAUCUCCGAGUUCAGCUCGAAGCGGCUCAUCAGCGAGAGUUGUCUUUUGAAGACAAGAGCGCAGAAAUGGAGAAGGAGCAAGAGAGAUUGAAGCAUCACCUGGAGGAGGUGGAGGCUGAGAAACAACAUCUGCAGGAGGAGCUGGAGAAGUGGAAGAUGAAUGGUGAGGAGUGGGAAAGGCAGAAAAACAAUCUGAUGACUCGCAUUGAGGAUUUGGAAGAAGACCUUGUCAAGGCCAAAGAGGGAGAUGAUAAGGAACAGCUAAAAGGAGAAAAUAGACUACUGCUAGAAGAAAAAGAGAGACUAGAGCAGGAGAACAAGAUGCUCCAUUCUAGCGAGGAGGAGAACAUUGCACUGAAGCAGGAGAGAGACAGAGUGGAGGAGGACAGAAACAAGCUGGAGGGGGAAACAAAGACGCUUCAAGCAGCCUUGUCACUGAUGGAAGAUGAGGUGAAGAGUUCGUCUUUGGCUCUUUCUGCACUGGAACAAGACAAACAAAAAGCUGAAGACGACAAGGUGAAACUGUCAGAGGAGCAGCAGAAGCUUCAGUCCACGGUUUCCUGCCUUGAAGAGAAGCUGGAAACGCAGCAGCUGUCCACCUCGAAGCUCAACGAGCAGGUGUCCGAGCUGUCGUCUGUCGUCGCUCGUGUGACCAAAGAGCGAGACGCCACGCGCAGCAAGUUGAACCUUUGGAUGAAGACUUGCAAACAGCUGGAGCAAGAGAAGAUGCUCCUACUGAGCAGCUCAGAUGGAGCGUGCAAAGAAGCAGCACAGGUGGAAAAUAAGCAACUGCAAAUUCAAACUGAGGAGAGGAAGAAGGAGGUAGAGGAGCUGAAGUCGUCCCUUAAGGAGGCAAAAGCAGAGUGUGAGGAAAAAAGCAGAGAGGUGGAGGAGCUCAAGGCGACCCUGGACGCACGCAGCAGAGAUCUGGAGGAGGUCAAAGGUGAACUCAAAGAAGUCAACCAGGUCGUGGAGGAGAAAACGCAGGAGGCGGACGACACCAUGGACAAAUACUGCAACUCGUUGCUGGAGGUGCGCAAACUGGAAGAGGCCAACGAUGCGCUGACGACAAGGCUGGAGUAUUUGUUAGCGAGCAAAGACAACAUCAGCCGCUCCGGCACCGCCGACGGCCGCAGACGCUCAGCGAGGUCCUCUACCAAACACCUGGAUGACAAAUCGGAGAACACAGAUCCUGCGACUCCACAGAGGUCACCGCGGGGCUCCUCUUCCGGCAAGAGGGCUCAUAAACACAUGAGCGAUAAGGACAGCGCCCAGGAGGCUCUCCACAACCUCACCAAGAAGAUCAGAGCUAACGCCUCGACCACGCCACCAAAACCGAGUACUCAACAGGACGAUGAGUUCAGGCCUGAGGGGCUUCCAGAGCUGGUGCAGAGAGGCUUUGCUGACAUCCCACUGGGUGAGGCCAGCCCCUUCAUCAUGAGGAGAACCACCGCAAAACGAUGCAGCCCUCGCCUGGCUGCCAGGCAGACGUUGGAUGGCAAGUUACUGCUGCCUCCUUCCUCGACUGACAAGUGCGAGGAAACGGUCACUCCUCGUUCGCAAGAGUCACCAGAGGAAGGAGACAAUUGUCAUGUUCAGUAAACGCAACUCAAAACACAGCACUGAGGUUUAGAUGGACGGUACGUUUUUACCGGAAUUACGCUGCACUCCUUUUAGUCGUUUCUGUCAAUCCCAACAUGUCUUUAUUUAACUUUUUAGUGUUUUAGUAAAAGAUGAAAAGCAGGGACAAAUAAAAAGCCUUUUUGCAACAUAAGACAGUAAGACAGCUUCUCUAGUUAGUAUGCACCACUUUCAUUUUUCUGUAUUUUGCUAUAGGUGAUGAAAAUGAAAAGCAUGCCGUAUUACAACAUAUUAGUAAUAGCCAACAUAAGUCUUCAAACACAUUCCUCAGGUGUGUAAAUCAAUUUCACGUUACCUAUUCUUGUGCUGUAUAUAUUUCUCUGUCCACUCAGCCGUAAAUUGUGUAUUCCAUGAGCUAGUCUUGUCCUCACGGCAGCUAUCUUUUCUUAUCCUUUUUAUGUGCUUAGACCGCUUGACUUUUUAUUGCUACCUGGUGGUAAGUUUUGAAUGUGUUUCUCUAAUCACAGAUUUACUUUGUAGAAUAUUUGAACUCAAACGCUUUUUACGUAGGAGAUGCUUCUUGUUAACAUGCGAGGUUAACUAGUGAGUAUGAGCUCACUAGUCAUUGUAAAUAACUUUUUAAUCCCCCACUAAACUUGUUUAAACAA